GUCUUUCAGAAGUGUAAAAAAACCACCCCCCCUAAAAGACAAAAGUUUUGCGGACGACACACGCCGGUGUGAACAGCGCUUUGGUGGCAGGAGCACUCUCCUGCCAACAAAGCAAACGCUGCGCAUUGGGGUUGGAAGUUUUUGUCGGCAGAAGAGCUCUGUCUCCUGCCGACAAAUCCUUUUAGCGGCAUGGCUGAAACGACACAGUUAUGUCGCUAAAAGCUGCGUAGUGUAGACAUAGCAUUAGUCAGGACACCAUAGCUAUGCUGCUAUAGUCACUGUAAUGUAGACAUGGCUUAAUUUGAAUGCUGAAAUAGGCAGAGAGAAAUCUCCUCCUACAGACCAUAUCAGUACAUGCAUCUUGGAGCCUCUCAUCACUACUAUAAAUUGUUCAAACUACAGAGCAUUAGUUUCAUUCUAGAUAGAAUAAGUCUCUGGAGACUCUCAGAAAUAUUUAAUAAGAAUUUUUGUCAGGGCUUAUAGGCAAUGUUUGUAAUAGUACCUGGUAGGUUUCCCCUCUUAACAUUAACAACUAGGAUAAUAGAAUUUAGAUUCACACUUCUUCUAAUUAUUGAAUACUUAAUUUUAUAACUUCCCCAUUUUAACUGCAUCAGCCCCGAUAAUGUUUUUGAACUCAUGGUUUGUCAGUAAAAAUAAUACUGUACUUUGCUUUUAAAUUUCAAAGGAAACGUGAUUUUGGAAGACACUGACUAUUUUAAAUUUAGUCUACUGGUAAAACACAUUUGAAACCUCACGUGGAACAGUGCUAAUUGUGUAAUUUAAAAAAAGUGAACAUGGAGAUAUAGUCAAUUUGAAAUCUAGUCAGUUCAAAGAUUAAAAGUAGUUUCAUGUACUACCCCCACUCUUGAAUCCCUCUGCCAAGUUUUACAUCUUCCACUUCAAUUUUUUUUCCCCUUGUUGCUGUGUGAAAGGCUUAUACAAACGAGGAAACUGAUUACUGUAUGGUGAAAUUGAUUACAGACAAAGUGAUAUAAAAUUACAAGGUAAACUUUCAGAAAACUAAAGGGUGGAUGGCUAAAAAAGCAUUAAUUCUCCAGAAGAGGAUUCAAGAUCAACACUGAAGGCUCCAAAAUGUCAAAAGAAAUGCAAGAACUACAGAAACAGUGGCACUCCAUGAUGCAAACCAUCCACACCAACUCCAAUAUAAGGCAGGGCUGUUACCUUCCUUUCAUGCCGUCCGGCUACAGGGAGUUCUCUUCUCCCACAUCUUCAGCCAUGAAAGAGGUUGUUUCUUUUAUGAACUCUCAAGUUGGCCAGUACUUAGAUGAUCAUCCUUUUGUUGCCCUGGCACUGUUGGUGUUUAUUGCAGUAUCUGCUAUUCCUGUUGCAUUCUUUCUGAUAUUUGUGAUUUCAACAACCAUAGUGGCCUGUAUGGGGGUUGUCGUCAUAGAAGGUGUUAUAAUAUCAGUAGGUGGCAUAGCCCUUCUUUGUGUGCUGUGUGGCCUAGGCGUCCUUUCAUUGGCAGUUUCUGGAGUACUGAGUAUUUGCUACAUAGCUCUUUCAACUCUAAUCAACUACUGGCAUACUCCAAACAGCCUGGUAAAGAAGCAAGAAGCUAAUGGAAACAGUUUGCUACAAAGUAGUCCUUCUGUCUUGGACCCUUCUAACAAGAACACGAAGAGCGAAUGAACAGGACUUUUCCCAGCUUCCUGUCUUCUUUGAUAUGCAGUUACUUGUACUAUUCUGAAUUAUAAUUUUUUGUUUUCCAGUCAAAUACUCAAGCUUUGUGCGUUGUUUACGGAAAUUGAGACUCAAUAUGCCUCUUUGGUUGUUGUUGUAAAAUGCAUAGUAACAGUUCUUAACCUGUAGUCAAUUCACUGUCAUGCUAAGUGUACAGGGCAUGGUGAGAAAUCUUCCAAAUACACUACAGCAUCCAGUCCUGUUGCUAUAAAAGCAAUAAUUCGCAAUAAAAUUGGGGCAGAUUUGUGCAAGGAGGAAGUGUGUGUUUUGAGAUUAUAACUGUUGGUGUUAGAAUUCUAAUCUUAGAUGGGAAAUCAAAGGGGAACAACCUGACUGCAGCAGUUGUAUGUUUUUGCACUUGGGAAAUGGCAAAGCACAACAACACAAGGUAACACAUGUUUGAAUACUGGAAAAAUAUUUUUAAGCCUUAACAGUGGUUAUCAAAAUAUCUGUGUGGUAAAGAACUAAGCCUGCACCAUGUUAAAUAUAUAUGUUGUUGGAAAAGCAAGGUAAAGGAAGUUUUACUAUGUAUAAUAUUUAAUAGCCUAAACCAGUAGUCCCCAAACUAUGGGGCGGACCACCUAAGAGGAUGGGGAGGAACGUUCUGGGGAGCAUGACAGGGCCAGGGCCAGCCCCCAUGGGGGGCAGAGAGGGAGCGCCACCAAGUGCUGCUCUUGGCCCCGACCAUGUCCCCAGCUGCAGCAUUGGCUUCACUCGUGACUGUGGUGCCCAGCCCCAGCUCCCAACCGCAGCUCCCAGGAUGGGUGAGUGGGGUUUGCAGAUUAGAUAAGGAGGGGAGAGGGGGGAGCAAAAAAGCUUGGGGACCACUGAUCUAAACUUUUGCAUGUUUUGAUAAGUUAUUCAGAAGGGAUACCUUCCUCAUUCUCCUUUCAUCCCACAAGAGGUGCAGAUUAAGGGCUAAGUGUUUUGCCUUAUGUGUUUGAGUGGUUUUUUUUGCAAGUCUGUUUUGCUUACCAAUUUUCACUCUUUGACUAUGUAAAUUCUGUGAACUUUUUCUGGGGGAGGGCAAAUACUAAACAUCUUUGCUAAAUAGUAACCUCGUGUAUCUCAAAGAUACUUAGUUUAAUAAAGUGCUGUUUGUUU